AUGUCUCUCCAAACGACCACUUCUCAUCUCAGCACAAUUACAAAGCUUGAAGUGUUCAGGAUCCCGCCUAGGUGGUUGUUUGUUCGUGUAGAGGUAGCGGACGGAACAGUAGGAUGGGGAGAAGGUACUUUGGAGGGCCAUACCGAAGCAGUAGAAGGGGCUUUCCUCGAAUUGAAAGAGCGUUUCGUGGGCUGGGAUGCCGAUAAUAUCGAAGAUAUAUGGAGCCAUGGAUAUCGUGCCCGCUUUUAUCGUGGUGGCGAAGUGCUUAUGUCUGCUAUUGCCGGAUUAGAUAUCGCCCUAUGGGAUAUUAAAGGCAAGACUAAAAUUAUCGCCCGUUUGGGAGUGCCAAUUUGGCAAUUGCUUGGUGGAAAGGUUAGAGAUCGGUGCAAAGUUUAUGGUUGGAUCGGAGGGGAUAAACCACAUGAUGUGGUCAACGGAGCAAAAUCCCGGAAGGAACAGGGAUUCACGGCUGUAAAAAUGAACGGAACCGAAUCCGUGGCUUGGAUCGAUUCUCCUGCGGUUUUGGAGGCUACUAUUGAGCGUGUUGCCGCAGUGAAAGCUCUAGGGCUGGAUGUAGGCAUUGAUUUCCAUGGGCGGGUACACAAGGGAAUGGCUAAACAACUAGCUCGUAGGCUCGAAGAAUAUCAACCACUUUUCAUUGAAGAGCCAUUAUUACCAACCCAAGCAGAAGAAAUUGCCGAUUUGUCCCAAAUGACAACCUGCCCUAUUGCACUUGGUGAACGGCUGAUGUCCCGUUGGGACUUCCGGCCGUAUCUUGAGCGUCGCGCCAUUGAUAUAGCUCAACCGGACAAUCGCCUCUUUUUGCGAAUAUACGAUGUUGCGCUCGCGCCACAUUGUCCUUUAGGUCCCAUCGCUCUUGCUGCAUCACUUCAGGUCGGAAUUGCCGCACCAAACUUUGUGAUCCAAGAAAUGAGUUGGCAGAUGCACUACAACCAAGGUGCCGACCUAUUUACAUACAUGCUUAACCCUGAGGUUUUCUCGGUCAAAAAUGGCCAUGUUGAAGCACUCACAGGUCCAGGUCUUGGUAUCAAUAUUAACGAGAAACUGGUGCGUGAAGCAUCGGAAAAGUACGUUCAUGAAAAAGCAUGGAGGAAUGCAACUUGGCGUGGAGAGGACGGUUCUUUGCGAGAAUGGUAG